UUGCGCAAGAUUGGAAUGAUGUAGUGCAACAAUGUUUUACGCCGGUAUCAGACGCUGCAUGAUUAUUUCGAAGAUAAGACAGAACUUUGCUGCAUUUGUUGUCUGGUGUAGACAGCCCAUGGGAAAGACGCACCGCCUCAACUGUUUUUUUCCGUCCGUCUUGAGAAGGCAGCGCAGCUGCCACUUGCGCUGUUUGUCUGUGUGACUCGGCAAUUUCCGCGAAUUUCCGCGAAUUGACGAACGGUCGUGACCCGGCGACACCAGUUCAGUUCCACAGUGCCCGCAAUUUGACAAGUCCGAGGCACGGCGUGGCAGCCAAGGAGAAAGAGAGAGAGAGUCUGCUAUUCCCCCAGACCCUCUUGCAAUUUUAUUGUCCGCAACAUUUAUCUCUCAAGCUGACGAGUCAUGAGUGGGAAUACCUCGUUUCCUCGUCUGUUCCUUUGUGUUUUGUUUUUCUCAACAGGUUUUCUAUUAUUACCUCAGCAAAUAUUAAGCCUGCAGGACCAGUCUGGAGAAAACCUUCCAAUUUGCAAAGAGUCAGAUUACUACUAUGAAUACACAGAGUGUGAUAGUGUAGGCUCCAGGUGGAGAGUAGCAGUGCCUCACACCCCAGGGACCUGCACAGGACUGCCAGACCCAGUCAAAGGCACAGAAUGCUCUUUUUCCUGUGGAGCUGGUCAAUUCUUAGACAUGAAGAAUCAAUCAUGCAAAGAAUGUGCUGCUGGCACUUACUCCCUUGGCACUGGCAUUGAAUUCAACGAGUGGGAUGAGCUACCAUCAGGGUUCGUCAAUACAGGAACAGCUCUAGACUCAUCAGACAAUGAGUCAACUGAGAAUUGCACCAUGUCAAAAUGGAUUCUUAAAGGUGAUUUUGUGGCAUCUAACAGUGAUGAAUGCACAGCUACUCUGAUGUAUGCAGUGAACCUGAAACGGUCAGGCAGCAUCUCAUUUGAAUAUCAGUAUCCAGAUACCAACAUUUACUUUGAAUUUUUUGUUCAGAAUGACCAAUGUCAAGCAAUGGAUGGUGAAUCAAAAUGGAUAAGGAAAACAGAAAGAAAUGAAUGGGAUCAUCAUUCUGUGCAAUUGAAUCGUGGCAAUAAUGUCUUGUACUGGCGAACAACAGGGUUUUCAAUGGGUAUGCAAAUACUGAAGCCGGUUCUCAUUAGGAACAUUUUUAUCACAGGAGUAGCCUAUACAUCAGAAUGUUUUCCGUGUAAACCAGGCACGUUUAAUGCAAAACCUGGAUCCUCCCGCUGUAAUUUAUGUCCAAGAAACACCUAUUCUCCAAGAGCAGCAACUUCAUGCCAAGCGUGUGAAAAAGAUAAAUAUUCAGAGCCUGGUUCAGGAACAUGCAAACCACGACCUCCAUGCUCAGGAAAGGACUAUUUCUCUACACAUACACCAUGUGAUGUUGAAGGAAAGACGCAGAUCAUGUAUAAAUGGAUUGAACCCAAACUCUGCAGUGAAAAUGCAAAGGGAGCAGUGAAACUUCCUGCAUCAGGAGCCAAAAAGUUAUGUCAACCAUGUAACCCAGGCUUUGUCCAAAUCAAUGGUACUCAUGACUGUGAGCCAUGUCAGUAUGGCUUUUACUCAGAUGGAUCUAAAGAAUGUGUGAAGUGUCCGGUUGGCACUGAACCAGUAUUGGGUUUUGAAUACAAAUGGUGGAAUACUUUGCCAAAAAAUAUGUUCAGUUCAUGUUUCAGUGGAAUGAAUCAAGACUGUGGAGAAAUGACAGGAUGGGAGGUAGCUGGAGACCACAUACACAGUUCAAUUGCAAGUGCCGGCAAUAAUUACUUGAUGCUAAUGAUGCACGUUCCUGGAUUUAGGCCCCCACAGUCAACUGUAGAGAAUCUAGACAACCCAGAAAUUGCUCGGAUUACUUUUAUCUUUGAGACAGUGUGUGCUGCAGACUGUGAGUUAUAUUUUUUGGUGGGACCUACUAAAGAAAAUACAAGAUCAGUGGAAGUCUGGAAUGGCUCCAGGGAAAAGCAGUCCUACACAUAUAUUAUUGAAAGAAAUACAUCACUUGCUUUCAUGUGGGCAUUCCAACGCACAGCUUCAUUUGAACAGAGUCGAGUGUAUUCAUCUGACGUUGCCAAAAUUUACUCCAUCAACGUGACCAACGUAAUAGGCGGUGUGUCGUCAUAUUGUGGACCAUGUGCGCUAGAAUCAACCUCCUCUGGAUCUUCUUGUGUGUCAUGUUCACCAGGCCAGUACAUAGACAAGGAGUCCAGUAAAUGCCAGGCAUGUCCACCACUUACACACCUCAAAGCUCAUCAUCAUUACGGAAAAGAAUCUUGCAUUCCAUGUGGACCAGGCACCCAAAAUAAUUUGAACCGCACCCUCUGUUACAAUGAUUGCACGUUUGUAUUUCACAAAGCGCAUGGGACUUGGCAGUAUGAUUUCAGUCUUCUCAAUGAGUCCACAUCGAUUACAAGUGGCCCUCGUUUCACUCCAAAAGGAGUGCGAUACUUCCAUCAUUUCAACAUUGGUCUCUGUGGAAAUCAGGGAAGAAAAUUGGCCUCUUGUGUGGAUAAUGUUACAGGUGAAGGUGUAAUUGAAAACGAUGAAGGCUUUGCCAGAGCUGUCACAUCCUAUAUCUGCCAAUCCACACUUGUUCCAUCUGAUGUGACAGGAUUUAGGUCAAUUAUGUCAGCCCAUCCCAUCAAUUUAGCAGAUCGCUUAAUAGGAGUGACCACUCAAGCCACACUGGAUAAUAUCACUGCUGACCCUGACUUAUUUCCUAUUGAGAAAGACAGAACACUGCCUGAUAUAAUCUUUUUUUAUAGGUCUACUGAAUCAACACGGACUUGCAAAAAUGGGAGAACGUCCACAGUAAGAUUGAGAUGCAGUCCUAAAAGUGGUGGCUCAGGAGUCAUUUCAGUGCCAAGAAAAUGCCAAGAAGGAACAUGUGAUGGGUGUACCUUCCACUUCCUGUGGGAAACAGCGGAGGCCUGUCCUCUUUGUUCAAAAAGUGAUUACCACGAGAUAAUAGGAGCAUGUAUUAAUGGAAUUCAGAAAACUACUUAUGUGUGGUCAGAACCAAAAUUAUGUAAAGAGGGUGUUUCAUUGCCAGACGAAAAAGUAGUAACUUGCAAGACAAUUGACUUCUUCUUGAAGAUUGGAAUAAUCGCAGGGACAAUUACAGCCUGCUUAUUAAUCGCCACAACAUGCUACUUUUAUAAGAAAAAUCGGAAGUUAGAGUACAAAUACUCCAAACUGGUGAUCAAUGCCAAUGCAAAGGAUGGUGAGCUGCCAGCAGUUGAUAGCUGUGCAAUAAUGGAAGGUGAAGAUCUGGAAGACGAUUUGAUUUUCAUGAGCAAGAAAUCAUUGUUUGGAAAGAUAAAGUCAAUUACUACUAAGAGAACCCCAGAUGGUUUUGACUGUGUCCCAUUGAAAUCUUCCUCUGGAUCAGCAGACAUGGACAUAUAACAUGGUCUUUUCUGUACACUAUUUUGUAACCUAGCUAACUGAAGUGGCCUUUUUGAGACUCAUUUGAAUUAAGAACGCUUUAUUAAACAGAAGUUAUCAUUAGAAUGUAGAACAUAAAUGAGGAUCAUUUUGUAUGAAGGGUACAAACAUUGCCUCGUGAUAGCUUUACUACUGUAUCAUUUUAUGUACAACGAAGAUUAAUUAAAAGGAUUAAUUUAUGUUUAAAUCUUUAAAGGAACAAGGGGAUUGAUGACAAUCAUAAUUACAUAUUAUGGAACUACUUAAAAUCGAUUCUUGUUUGCAUCGAAAUCAGGAAUUCAGAAGGAGUUGAUUUUAAUACAGCUCCCAGUUAUUUAUAGAAUAAUCAAACUUCAAAGAUAUAUCAGCUUCAAGCUAUCAGCGUUACAAGUUGAAAAUACGACACCUUCAAAUAAUGUAAACUUAUGACAAACAUCUGGAAGCCAGCGAUGAGUCAAAUAACGUUUGGCUUGUAAUCUGAUCAUAAUCAGAAUAGGCUUUCAUGACAUGUCUUGUUGAUUCUCCUCCUUCGCCUUCAGAAAAUCUUGUAAAAUGAGCCGCCUUACCUCACUAUUCUGGUGUGCUACUUCUGUGGUUUCCAUGCUGUGCAUUAGUGCUUGUACAGUGCUUAAGCUCAAAUGCAUUAGCAUUAACACUGCAGCUGUCUUAAUAUCGAAAAUUUCCAGUGGGCGUACAUCCUUUCCCAUUUUCCAACAGGUUUGAUUAUUUCAUAAAAUGUCUGAAAUUAAAUGAUUUUGAGUAUAAGUUAAUGAUGUACAAAGAAGCAGUCAGUUGUUUUGCUAAUGUGAAGAUUUCUUAGAAAUUUAUUGUUUGACACAACUUUUUUUUUAAAUCACAAAUAAAAAAGGGGCUCAUUUAUUCUCACAGUUUCUUGUCAGAGCCAUCCCUAAUGAAUUAUCCCAUUUAGGCCAUUAUAUUAUCAUUUAUUUUCCUUUCUUAUUCCAAAGGCAGCUGACUUUAUAUUUCCUGUUGUUUUUGGACGCAGCAUAAGGAUAAAUAAAAUUCUUGAAAUGCAGAUUCCAUUCUGAAAGUGAUCCAAUUAAAGAUGCUUAGAUCUUAAAUGAAAUUUGGGUUCAUAACUAUGCUAUUUCACUGCAUGGAAAUGUUUUGCGCACAUAAUUUUUUUAAACUUUCUUUGAAAUUAAUAAUAAUUUUAAUGGUCCAGUGAAUUCAGCAAUGCAGGGGAAUUUUAAGUGAGUAGAUUGCUUCUAGCCUGAUGUGUCUCAGACUUUCAAUGCAAACCCAUUUUGAUGCACGCCAGCAAUUGUGUACUUUUCCCGAAGGCAUUUUAAAUUCAUUAUGGUGAAGCAAUGAUGAUUAAAUGACCCGCAUAUUAUAUUCGAAUAUUAUCGGAGUUGUGUCGAGCACAGUUCAAAUCUGCCCUUAGCAUUUUUCAAAUGGCUAAACAGUUUUUACAGUACUUCAUCCCCAAAAAUUUGGAACUAGCAUAUCUCCAGUUGGCUUUUCCCAACCAAUGAUAAGAUCUGAUUUUGGGACUUUAGCUAGUAUGUCCAACUUAUGAGGAACUUAGAUGCUAGCUCAGAAGUGUGUUCUUGACCAGAAACACAUCAACAAUCUUUGUUAAUAUUAUUAGCAAUGUGCAGUACGCUAAACAGUAAAUACGUAAAUCCAGAUCUCAAUCCAUACAAUAGCUACUUACAUAUCUGCUGUUAUCUAACUAGGGCAAACUAAUUUUGAACUGGGAAACCUUGCCCCCUAAAUUUAGGAGUGUAUUGUCCCAUUCACAAACCCUAAUUUUUAACCAGUUCAAAAUUUGCCAAUGAAUCAGACAUCAUCAGUUUACAUUACCAAAUAUCUGCAAAUCUAUCUAUUUCAUUUACAAGUUUUUGUAGCAUAAAGGCCAGCAACUUAUUGAUCUGCUUAAUUGAACUAUCAGCCGACCAUUGAAAGAUGUGUAAAUAUUCUUGCUGGGGAGAAAAAGAACCACUGACUGAAUAAACCAACCAAACAUUCACACUCAUGGAUGUGAUUCCACAUUCGUUUUGUAAGCAGCACAUUCACAAAGUAUGAUCCAUAAAUCUCCUCUUCAUUUAAACGCUCCAACUCUGCAAAUGUUGAAAGGAUCACAGGACCAAAACCUAUUCCUAUGUUAGAUGCCAACAUGUUUGUGGAGUCAAAUGUUUGUGUCCUCCCAAAAGAAUCUGAGAGCAAAAUCAGUUAUGUUGUAAAUGAUUGCACUUGCUUAAUAUUUCACUUUGUGCCUUAUACAUCCCUUAGACUCCUCCUGUUCAGACAAUUUUUACCUUGUUUCAGCUUUUCUCCAACAUCAUGCUCCAUUCAUGAGGAUAGGCAGGUGGUUAUAUGACAAGCUGUUUGGAUGUGCCUAAUAUUUUAAAGUCGUCCUGAGAUAUUCAUUUCAUUCUGUGGUACAAUGUUUCACUCACAGUAACCUGACAGAAAUUGGGAAGCCACUUUGUGUUGAACUUAAAUCCAAAUCCACACAUGUGCAUUCUGUGCAUUUUUUUGAUUAUGUGUGUUUGCUAAUUUUGAUUCCUCCUAAAAAUUCAAAGUUUAUUAAGUCAGUGAAUCUAAAUAUUUGAUUUGUUUUCUGUAGCUAAAAAAUUGUAUCAAAUCAGACUUAUAUCAGAUCAAUCUGAAGCUGCCUUAUUAUAGUAAUGUGUUAAUAAUAGUCUCUUUUGGGUAGGCAGAGUUUGGAGCACCUGAAAUUAGGAGACGGUCUUGACGAAAGGGGAUAUGUAAUACAAAGAUAAUGGAAUUUCUGCACAGUUCCAAUGUAACUUUGCCAACAAAAAUGUUUUCAUCAUUGCACAAUGUUAUGACUGGAUUUCAAGUUGUACUGUGUGAGAUGUCAAAGCUAAAAUUUAGCUUUAAAGAUUUUUAAUGAUGUAGUUUUAUUGUGAGAUCAGUUACAAUUAACAGGCAACUGCUUAUAUCUACUACUGUGUUUUGUAGAUCUAUAUGGCAGAUUAUUGAUAUUUUCAAUUUGUUUAAUGUUAGUGUAUCUGGUUCACUGCCAACUAGAAAUACGAAGUAACUCAGAAAUAAUUGUUAAUAAUCUUUGGAAAGGAGCACUCUACCUGUAUGUCAUUCAUGUUAUCAUUUUCAUGGAGGUGUGAAUUUGUUUAUAAUAAAUGUUUUGGAGAUGAUAUUGAAACAGGUGAUAAGUGAAUGACGCAUAAACAUUCGAGAAUUCAUCUGUUAUCUGUUAGCAGUGAAACAAGCAAUUCCCAGCAUCAUAUGUCGUUUUUAAAAAGUCUUAAUUGUAAUUCACAUGCUCACAAUGACAAAUUGAGCCAGUUAUGAAGGAAAUCAUAUCAUGAGACAUUUAAAAUAAAACUCUUUUUAGUUUCAUAA